UUCUCGCAUAGCACGAGAUUGUCGUACGGAUCAAUUGUUUAUCCAUCACUGGGGACGCCACCGGUUGCAGAUUCCAUUCAGAAUAACAUGUCUAACAGUUUACAUAGGGUUUGAAGGUUGCAGUUAAAAGAUUUUCUCAGAAAUAUCGCUGUGAUAGAUUUGGGAAGAGGAUGUCUGCAUUCAACACUUCUACACGAAAGGAAGAUUUGUCUGUCAAGUUGAGAGCCCACAACAUAAGGCAGGCACGUGACCAAACAAAGCGCCUGGAGGAGGAAAGCCAGAAGAUGGAAGAGCGGCUUCGUGAAUUGAAGACUGCCAUGACAAGAGAAAAAGAAGAUAGAGAAAAAAAGGGUGGUGGAUUUUGGGGCAGAGGUCAACAGAAUGUUGGAUCACUGACAAGUUAUGCCUCUGAAGUAUUACAGUCUAAGUCAGACAAACUUCCUAAAGACACAAAGAAAAAGAAAAUCAAAGUGCUUCAAGAUGAACCGCUUGAUGUUCCAAAACGUAGCAGUCAACCUGGCACCAUGAAAAACAUAGCUCAACGAAAGCUGCCUACAGGUAUAACUCCUAGAGGUGAUAAACUUCGGGGAGGACCCAAAUGUGGCCAGUGUGAAGACAGGACUGCUACUUUGACAUGUGUUCAGUGCUCUGAGAUAUUCUGUUUUGGAUGUUUCUCUGCAUUUCAUUUAAAAGGUGCUCUCAAACAACACAGGAGUGUGCCACUAAGUGCAACUGGUUCAAGAAUUUGCAUGUCACCAAGGACUGGCUCUGAACCUCAAUCAUCACACAGUGACAGUCAAGCUAGUGGUAGCAUUCCAACCUAUUCAAUCUCCCUGCACAAUGAAUCAGGUGCAGCUCAAGCCAGUCCUCUACCACCAAGUGACUCAUCCCUUUUACUCGGAAACUAUGAUGAAUCCCAGAGUGCUGCAUCUUUCCAACAAGCUCUAAUGGCAUGGAGGCAAGGGGAAGAAACAAAAGCCUACAAGCCUCAAGCCUUCAGCCCUCGUCAAAGUAGUUCAUCUCCACAAAAAACUCCUGUUAUGACCCUUGAUGAAUCCAUUGGAACCACAGAACAACCGAGGGUGCCAGAGAUAAAGUUUAAAUCCACAUUAUCAUACGCUGAUCGACUCUUGCUGAAAAAGCACAGGAGAACUGAGUUGGCUGAGAUGUCCACACCAAGGAUUGGCAACUCAUCUGGCAGUGGUCAGUAUGAGGUCACACCAAUCCGCCAAUCUCCAUUGUCCAGCACCUUUUCUGCCAAGAACAAUCAAUAUAGUAGAGAGACAUCAUUUAGCAGCAGGAGACUUGAGUCCAAUCUAGAGGAAAGUGACCACAUUAACUUUGAGUCAUUACUUGAGGCAGUACAAGCGUCAGAAACUCCUGAUCAUCAUGCUGCAUCAAACUACUCUUUGUCUCCUAUCUUGCCUGAUAAAACUGAUACUUCUAGAACAGUUUCCAACAAAGUCACUUGUCUAGUGAAGGAAGUCUCACCAAUGGAAUCUUGGAAACUGGAAAAUAAUAUAGACAGCAAUUCCACGAAUCAAAAUAAUACCAAGACAAACAGUUCAAAAUCUCUGGGGCAGAGAAAUGCCAUCACUGAAUUGUUCACACCUGAUACAGACAGGCCGUCCUCAUCAAUGAUAGGCGGAGGUCAGCCCGUUCUAAGCUCAAGGCACAAACCUAAAGUUCACAUGGCUUCUGUCUCAUCCACUCCUGAUGUCAUUAAAGAUGACACUGCUACUGAAGUGGCAGGAGACAAGGCACUGGGAAGCUCUACUUCUAGGCUAAAGUCAAGUAAAGCUAGUACUGGGAAAAAGUCAAGGCCAGCAUCCAGAGCAGAGAGUCGUGCCUAUUCGAGAAUUAGCAUUAAAGGCACUUUAACAAAAUGCCCAAAUGAAGCUUUGAAAAAAGUUGCACAAAUGACCAUCUUGCCCCAGUUCUCGUAUCAUUCUCCCAUGGAGGGAUUCUUUUUGUCUGGAGUGGAAUCUGGAGAUCACAGCCAAGAGACUUCCAGAAAACAAAGUUCAGAAGAUCAAAGGUCAAAGAGCACAAAAGUGAGCAACAGAUUGUAUCAGAUGGCACCACGAUCCUGGCGACCAGAGAGCAGCCUGGGGGAUAAUGUUCCACUGAGUGACAUUAAAUUAGAAGAUAAUUUCCAGGCGUUGACACUAGCAUAUUCCUACAGUGGUCAAAUAAGUGGUCAAGCAACAGAAUGGAGACCAUCAUCUAGUCAGUCCAGAGUUCAGAUGAGCUCCCCUGAUCUGGGCGUCAACAGUUCUUUAGUAUUUGGAGAUGAAAUGUUCACAGAGGAAGCUUCCCAUGCAACCAUGAAAACACCCAGAGCUCCAUCCACUCCUAAAACUGGCCGCAGCAGUCAAAGGUUAAAUCGGGUCCAAGGAGCUGAUGGGAAAGUAAAAACAAUCACAAAAAGUACCUUACCAUCCCACACAAACAAAAGGGAGAUAAUGUCAUCUCCAAAGGGAAUUAAUUCUGAAAUACCUACCAAAAGUUCUACACCACAAACGUCAAACAGACAUAAUGCCACUUCUGCACACUCAGCAAAUGCAAAAACUCUCGCCAAUAAAUCACAAGACUCAUCCAAAUCUCACUCAAUGAAAAUUGGAAACAGUUCAGCUGCUACCAAUAGACAAUCUCAGGCAUUGAAAUCUGUGGACAAUCCAGCACCCUUAAGUCGACAGAACAGCCAGUCUUCAGAACAUUUAAAUCAAGGACCAGAUAAAAAUGUAAAAAAUUAUUUGAGAAAAAAUUCUGGCACUCCACAGAAAAUUAUUCAAGUUUCAAAUUCUGAUAUAACUCAAAUGAGAUCUUCUCUGAUUAGUAAAGGCUCUAACAAACCAGUUAAAAAUGCUAAAAAUAUCUUGAAUAAGUCAGAUUCAGACCACAGACCAUUAAGCUCAACAAAUGUUCCAAAGACGUCACAAAAAUCUUCAAAUAUGAGACCCAAUAGCUCAUCAGGUGCCAAUGAACCCCUGAGAAAAACACAGCCCUCACUGAACUCUCAUAAGCCUGACAACACAAUCAUUGCUAAUAUGAUGAUGUCUAGAGUGCAAGAAGAUGGCUGGGUGGCUAGCCAGCUAGAGGAUGAUAGCGGAGCUGAGAGUGACACCACAAUUGGCAUGGACUAUGAUGAUGGCAAUGACAUCACUUUGACCCUCAGAAACCAGAGUGAAGAGAAUUUGAAAUCCUCUCUGGAGGAUAACCAGCACUGGGAAACUGAAGUCAGGCCUUUUAGUGGAAUCAGUAUUACUUCUAAGAAGGCAGGCUUACCAUCUAGGCAAAGAGGAGUUAAAAAUGAAAAACAAAUCAGUAGUUCAAGACCUGGCAGUUCACGGCCAGUUAGUUCAAGACCAGGCAGUUCAAGGCCAGUUUCCAUAUUCAGUGGAAGAGAAUCAAGGGCAAUAAUAAUGGAUGGUGAUGAUCUGAGCCGCUAUGACAAUGUUGGUGUAACAGAACAGCAAGACGUAGAAGACAAGCAGGCACUAGAUCAGCUGGAGUGGGAACUGGCUUCUGAUACUGGACGUCUAACAGCGGAUGGCCAGAUUUCUAGAAUGAGUUUGUAUGAGUCGAAUGAUGACAGUGAGCCUUCUUCUAGAUCCAGCAAUGGCUCUGUCAAGCUGAACGGUGAACAAGAAUAUGAUAUUGGAGCCAAAAUUUUUGAAGAUGAGAGAAAUGCAGAACAAGAGGUGGACCUACUUUUGACAAGGCGGAGCCUGACGGUGGAUGAGAAUGAAGUUAGGGCUCUGAGAUAAGAUUAUGUGGCAUUGUAUGAUGAGUGUCUUCAGUUAAAUGAAUCUACGCCCCAAAUGAUAUUGCAAAAUAAGUUUUGUGUUGUGCAUUGUUUCAUUGUAGCGUUUUCUUCUGUAAAUAUCCAGCAGGCGGAAAAGUAUAUUCAAUAUUUUUGGCUUUUAAAAUUUUUCAAAAAUAGUGUCUAACCUUCACCUUGCUUGCUGAAAGAGGUUAUUAAAAUUUUUUUAUUUAUGAAUUGAGAAUCACAGCAGCACUAAAUUUGCUACAUAAAAUUAUUCAAACUAGGUUGUAAAGGUAUUCAGUCAAUUACAUUGUCUUUAACUAAUACACAAUGUAAAAAUAAAUAAUCUCACUAAAAUAGAUUUAAUAUUUUCUAAAUUGAUGAUUAAUAUUUUUUUAAAGUGUUCAAUUUUAUAAAACCCUGGCAUCCAGCUUUAGUUCAUAUAAUUUUAGAUUUUUCAGAAAUUUGAUAAAAAAUGUGAGUAAUCGUACAAUUUGAAUGUCUUUCAAGUUUAAUAAAUUAUUGUAUUACUGGCCAUAAUUGUUCUGGAAUAUUUUGGUCAUUUCAAUGGUCAACAAAAUAAAUCCUUUAUUUCUCUAGUAGUUAGUUCCUGAAACUUACUGUUAAGAUAGAGCCUGCCUGGUCAUGUGGUAUGAGCUCUGGAUUAUGGUUCACGGGUCUCAAUAAUCCAGGGUAUAAACCCUGCAAUCCCCAUUUCACCCUGCAGGAGAUUUGGGUUAGGAUGUAAUUAUCUUCAAAUCUGAAGGAACAUCCUAAUCACAAAACAUUUAAAAAAAAAAGAGGUUUAAGGGAAUUUUGUGUAUAACUUUACAAUAAUUAUUAUUAUUUUAAUAUACAGUCUGUGAUUUAUACGUCAGUCAUUAUUUACAAUAUUUUUUAUACUACUAUGUUUACCAUUUUCAUAUAUUUUAAAUAUUUUUAUUUAAAAGAAAAAAGUAUUAAUUUUAUUCUUAAUGAAUUCCCUUGUAAUUAUUUCAUAUAUUUUUACGGCUAUUUAUUUAAAUAAAAAGUUGUUGUUUUUUAUCAAGGCUUUCUAUCAGUUAGUUUGCCCUUCUUUCAUUCUGUAAUAGUUAGAGUGUGUCCAAGAAAAUGUUCUUAAAAGUAAAUUAAAUUUACUUUAACUAUGAUGGGUUAGCAUUCUUGGAUAUGCAAAAAUAUGGAUAUUACUUUUUUUUUAAAGGAACAAUUUUUAUUAUUCUUUGUAAAAAUUAACUGAAUUUUAAGCAUAACCACAUCUUUAUAUUAGCUUUAUAAAGUAAAAUUGUGACUAUAUUUGUUAAUUUUUCAUAGCUAAUAUUUUACAUUUAUAGACCUUAUACCGCAGAAUCCAGUUAUUCGGACCAUCCGUUAAUUGCACCAAGGGCGUAUUCAAACUGAAUCAAAAAGUACUGAAACAAAUCCUAUCUAACAAUUUAAACUGAUUAGUCACACCAGACGAUUUUUAAAUAGGAUCACCUCCUGGUUUGGUUCAAACAACCAGAUUUGACUUGAUAUAUUUUAAAAUCAAGCUUCCAAUUUCUUCUCUUGUGAUAUUUUUUUUUUUUUGCCUUCUAACCUACAACAGUUAUUUCUCGCAAAUAUCACAGUAGAAAAAAAAAUUGAAUUUUGAAACUUAUUGUAUUGGAAUUGUUAGUCAUUGCUAAAUAUGUGAUAACAUAUACAUAUUUUUUUUUUGUUUUAAAUCUAAACUCUGCAUGAUUACAUAUCAACAGUGAUAUAACAA